CGCCGUAUUGAGCGCUGUGUGACCAGAGUUUUUACCGAUUUGUCCUGUGUGUUAGCCCACUGGGAGACUUUUUAUGCUGUAGCUCGCCUUCAUUUGUACUUUUUAUCACCAUGUCGGUGGCUUUUGCACCUCAUAGACAACGAAAGGGUGAUAUAACACCCGCUGGAAUACAAAAGCUACUUGAUGAAAACAACCAGCUGAUCCAGUGUAUAAUGGACUUCCAGAGUAAGGGCAAAACAGCAGAAUGUUCACAUUAUCAGCAGAUGCUGCACAGAAAUUUAGUGUAUCUGGCUACGAUAGCAGACUCCAAUCAGAACGUACAGUCUCUACUACCUGCUCCACCCACUCAAAACAUGCCCAUGGGCCCUGGUGGCAUGAACCAGAGCGGACCCUCUCCCCAGCCCCCUCACGGUCACAACAUGCCCUCUGAGGGUAUGGUGAGCGGUGGCCCUCCAGCCCCCCAUAUGCAGAACCAGAUGAAUGGACAGAUGCCUGGGCCUAAUCAUAUGCCCAUGCAAGGUCCUGGUCCAGGUCCCAACCAGCCUCCAAACAUGCCCAGCAGCUCCAUGAACAUGCCCCCCAGUAGCCAUGGCUCUAUGGGCGUUUACAAUCAUGCAGUCCCCUCUUCGCAGGGCAUGCCGGCUCAGAGCCAGAUGAACAUGACCCAAGGCCAACCAAUGGGAAGCUACGGCCCUCGACCAAACAUGAACAUGCAACCCAAUCAAGGCCCCAUGAUGCAUCAACAGCCUCCAUCGCAGCAGUACAACAUGCCUCCUGGUGGUGGCGGACAACACUACCAAGGACAACAGAACCCAAUGGGUAUUAUGGGCCAGGUCAAUCAAGGGAACCAUGUCAUGGGACAGAGGCCGAUGCCACCCUACAGACCCCCACAGCAAGGACCCCCCCAGCAGUACCCAGGGCAGGAAGACUACUAUGGGGACCAGUACAGUCACGCAGGACAGGGAGCCUCAGAAGGUAAUGCACAGUAUGGCCAGCAACAAGAAGCAUACCAGCAAGGCCCCCCACAGCAGCAGGGCUAUCCUCCACAACAGCAGUACCCAGGUCAACAAGGCUACCCACCACAGCAGCAGGGUUAUGGUCCCUCCCAGAGUGGCCCAGGACAAUAUCCCAACUACCCACAGGGUCAGGGACAGCAGUACGGGGGCUACCGUCCCCCUCAGCCUGGACCCCCACAGGGCCAACAGCAGCGCCCGUACGGUUAUGACCAGGGGCACAUGAGGAAAUAAAGAAGCGGGGAUUUGAACCCCUGACUAGCUCUAUAAGAAGCAAAGGGCCAGUAUGGAAAUUACCAGCAGUGAGAAAUGGUCACAGUUUACCUACACAACUCCUCUUUGAUCUUGAGUUUUGACCUUUGGUCAACUGCUAAGCAGACUUUAAUGAUGGUUUCAGCUCAGAUCCUCCCGGACACAAACACGCUUAUGAAUACAAGAUGCAUUUUCCCCCCUCUUUGGGCUUUUAUCCUCUCCAGCAAAAUGUAUCCCUGUUGAUCGUGCUCAUUGGCAUGAUUAUGGCAAAGUCAGUGACCUUGCUACAGUGUCUCUGUAGGGGCAAUGCCUUAAAAAAAAAAAUGGAACUGCCUUAUCCUUUAGCAUUGCAGAGCGAGCAAUGUGAUGACAAAAGUCAAAUUUCCAGUGUGUUUGGGUGCAUCAGUUCCCUGCCUUCAACUCUGUAAUCACAAGAAGCAAUAACGCCUGCAGUAGGGACUUGUUUGGGGGCUUGAAGGUGAAAAGAUGCAGACGCACCAGGCGAACUUCCAGCUAGGCCAAUGGUACAUGUCUCGAUGUAUGUGAUAAUGUAAAAAAAACUGUUAUUUUGUGCUUUUUAGAUCAAGCUAACUUUGUAUAAGACGUUGAAAACUAGUACUAAGCCUGUGUUGUUUAUUUUAAGAAGCGUAUGUGUCUGUCUUUUUUUUUUUAAUGCUCUUUAACGACAGUGAAUCCCAUAAAUUUUUCUUUAUUUCUUGUUAAAUUGUAUAACUAAUAAAUUAGACCUGCUAUGUAUGUGACAUGGACUCUGUAUAAAUAAAUAUUUUAUGAAAAAUGCCAUGCAUAAAAUUUCCUUAAAAAACAAUGUGGGUAAAACAACCCGUAAAAACUAAAGUGAUAACUGAGUUUGUUUUUUUUGGGGGGGGGGGUUGGACCACAGUACCUGACAAAAUAAGGCCUUCAUCUUUAACCGUUGUUCUCAGAGAGGUUAUACUGUUUGUAGCAGAUAGGAAGUUACUCUCCCCUGGAGUUCUUCUAAUUUUCAGAAUGGAUCGGAUCGCUUGUCUGCAAAGUGGUAAAUGGGAAAGCCCCAACAAGAUUUCUUUAGUUUUUAUUUUAACAAGCGGUUUUAAUCUGUUGAAAAUGCUGGAAUCAUGUCUGAAGAAACGUCUGAGUUGAUGUAGUUCGAGUAGUGUUUUGUGUGAAUAAUAAAUAUUGUUACUGUCAGAUAUGUAACAUAAUAUGUGAAAAUAAUGUCCUGAAGUGGAUUCCUUGAACACAGUAAAGACUGGUUGUGCAGUUUUAUAUCACUGGCUUGAUAUCUGUAUUAUGGUGCAUAUUUUAUUGAUCCCAUAUGUACAGCAGCGUAAAGACGAGGAACUGACUCCUCUGGUAUUGUUUAUAUGGCUGUUUUAAUAUUUUUCAUUCUGCACCCCAUUCAAGUGGAGGUCACAUAAUGUGUCUUUGCAAUGUGAACUGUAAAUUCUAAUAAAUUGGAAGAAUCUUUAA